CUAAGGGAUUUUUCUUCUAACUUAAAUGAAACUAGCCCUAUUCCUAUCCUUUCAGACAAACUAGAAUCCGGACACUGCUGAAGAAAUUUCCAAGAAGGAUUGUCCAUAAUUUUAGAGAUAAUGAGUAAAUACAAAACAAUUGUUCUUCAACAAGGAUUAGAGGAUGUGGCUGUGGAUGACUACCUGUUUAGGAGAAUCAAGUCCUUACUAAGAAAAGAACUAAAUCUAACAGAAAAGAUGCAAAAUGAUUAUGACAGAAUUCAGAUGGCUGACCUGUUGGAGGACAUAUUCCCAAAAGAUGCUGGACUGGACAAACUGAUAGAAGUGUGUCAAAGCAUUAAAGAUCUUGAAGAGCUUGCUCAAAGGCUUAAAACAGAGAGAGCAAAAGUUAAAGUGCAAAAGAAAGGAAAAAACAAAACUGCAGUGAAAAGAAGAGAGCAAGAAGAACCCAGUAGUUCCCAGUCUCUUUCCACCAAUAAUAAAUCAUACAAAAAGAGAAAACAAACCACAAAAACUAAAGGUGGCAAGAAAAUGAAGCUUACCCAGAAGCAGACUCAGCUUCUAGAGCCUUCAGGAAGCAACCCACAAAAAGAUGAAUGUUGUCUCCAGACUCCUCAUAAGCCUCCAGCAACACCAUCCAGCAGUUCCUCAAACAAGGCAGAGUCCAGAAGUGAGUGCACCACUCAAGGGCCUCAAGGAGUAGCAUCCAGCACUGGACAGGCACUUCCCUGUCCUAGAGUAAAAGCAUCAAGGAGGGUCCAUGCUCCUCAGAUGCCUUCAGCAACAGCAUCAGAAAGUCCCCUGGCUCCACGUGGAUCUCCACCAACAGUGUCCAGCUGUCUCCUGGCUCCAUCAGUGUCCCCAGCAAUGGCACCCAGUGCUCUCCAGGCUCCUCUGGUGCCUCCACCAACAGCAAGCAGCAGUACUUCACGGACACCAAAUAAUGGAAACUUACCAAAGGAGCCUUCUAAGGUAGAAGGUCACCAUCGAGAUCCCAUACAAGUGAUGGUGUUGAAAGUAACAGAACCUUUUACUUAUGAUUUGAUUGAUGGCAAAAGGAUGUUCCAUGCCACAGUGGCUACUGAGACUGAAUUCUUCAGAGUGAAGGUUUUUGACACAGCCCUAAAGAACAAGUUCAUCCCACAAAAGAUCAUUGCCAUAUCAGAUUAUUUUGGCACCAGUGGAUUCCUGGAGAUAUAUGGAGCCUCCUGUGUGUCUGAUGUGAAUGUUAACCAAACGAUGGUUAUCUCAAAUACACUGAGGAGAAGAGCCAAUGGAACUCCUAAAAUUAAGGAUCUUUUCUCUCAAACAAAAGGGACAUAUGUGAAUGGAGAGUUUGUGGUAACUAAGAAAAAUGAAAGGGGUGACUUCAUUCACUAUGGGAUUGAAGAUGAUACUGGGAAAAUGGAAGUGGUGGUCUAUGGACGACUGACCAGUAUCAACUGUGAGCCAGGCAAUAAACUUCGACUUGUCUGCUUUGAAUUGACCUCAAGAGAAGAUACAUGGCAGCUGAAGUCUGUAAGGCACAGUUACAUGCAGGUUAUCAACGCCAGAAGGAGAGGCACUCAACCCUGAUUCAGUUAUGAAAACCUCUGUAGAACUAUACUUCUGACAAUCUCGAUGCCAAGGAUACUGUUUACGGAGAAAAGAAACAAGUCCAGAGAGUGAAUGUAUAUAUGACCUGUUGAAAUACCAUACCUAUGAAAGCCAUCUGUUUGUUUGUUUGUUUGUUUGUUUGUUUUUUCAAGAGGGGAUUUCUCUGUUUAGUCCUUGCUGUCCUGGAAAUCACUUUGUAAACCAAGCUGUCCUGGAACUCAAGGAUCUGCCUGCCCCUGACUUCCAUGUGCUGGGAUGAAAGGCAUGUGCCACCACUGCCCUGCCUGCUAUUAUAUCUAGGAAAUGGUGCUUUCUCAUAUUCUUUAUACAUUUUUGUAUUAUCUAAAUUCCAUAUUUUGUAUCUAAACUUUUAUAAUUCUUAAUCUAUCAGUUUUAUAAAUAUAUAUAACAUUUAAAAAAAUCCAGUUUUUGAUAAAGCAGUGAUUCCUUGGGAAUAUCUUUAAACCAUUUGAAGUUGCUCUAAAAUAAAAUAUUAGUGAUCUGCAGAUAAAACUGUGGAAUACAGGCUU